AUGCGUUACUCCAUCGUCUUCACUGCUGCCCUCGCAGCCUCCGUCCAGGCCCACGGUGUCAUCACCCAGGUCCAGGGUGCCAACGGUGUCAACAUGCCCGGUCUCUCCGUCGCUGAUGGCACUCCUCGUGACUCUGGUAACCCGCUUUCUGGUUCCGAGGCUGAUACUUCCAUCAUCCGUGCCAAGGAGAUGGGUGGUAAGGCGUCUGCUCUUGGACGUACCGCUUCCGGUCCUGUAGAUGCUGGUGCGGCUAUUGCUAAGUUCAUGGGUACUGGUGCUGCUGGUGCCGGUGCCGCUGGUGCCGCUGGUGCAGCUGGCGCUGCAGGUGCUACUGGUGCCAACGCUGCUGGUGCCAAUGCUGCUGGUGCCAAUGCUGCUGGUGCCAAUGCUGCUGGUGCCAAUGCUGCUGGUGCCAAUGCUGCUGGUGCCAAUGCUGGUGGUGCCAAUGCUGCUGGUGCCAAUGCUGGUGGUGCCGGUGGCGCUGCUGGAGGUCUCGCUG